GAUCCUCCUCCGCCCGCGCCAGCUCCGACCGCGGGAAACCCGGCGCCAGCCCCGCCUCGCCCGGCGAUUCCCUCCCGACACCCCCACCGCCUCUCGUCACUCAUCCCAGGCUCGCCUAGUGAUUGGCCGAGGCUGGGGCCUGUGGCGAAUGGGGAGAGCGAAGAGCCGUCCUCUCCGAUUGGUCCAAACGCAGUGGCGCCGGUCACGUGGAGGGCGACGUUUCGCGCCAAUUUCGGUUGGUCCGCCACAGUCCAGCGCGCGGACGUUCUCGGCUUCCCCGGGAGCUAAACUGCUGAGCGCGCCAACUGCUGCUGCACGGCCCUCGGCAGCGAUGGCGCUUAAGGAUUACGCGCUCGAGAAAGAAAAGGUUAAGAAGUUCUUACAAGAAUUUUACCAGGAUGAAGAAUUUGGGAAGAAGCAGUUCAAGUAUGGGAACCAGUUGGUUCACCUGGCUCAUCGGGAACAGGUGGCACUGUACGUGGACCUGGAUGACGUAGCCGAGGAUGACCCUGAGUUGGUGGACUCGAUCUGUGAGAAUGCCAAGCGCUAUGCAAGGCUCUUUGCUGAUGCUGUACAAGAGCUGCUCCCUCAAUACAAGGAGAGGGAGGUGGUAAAUAAGGAUGUCUUGGAUGUUUACAUUGAGCACCGGCUGAUGAUGGAGCAGCGGAGCAGGGACCCUGGGGCAGUGCGAAGCCCCCAGAACCAGUACCCUGCUGAGCUCAUGCGCAGAUUCGAGCUGUAUUUUCAAGGCCCCAGCAGCAACAAGCCUCGUGUUAUCCGGGAGGUACGGGCUGAUUCUGUAGGAAAAUUAGUAACUGUACGUGGAAUCGUCACUCGCGUCUCUGAAGUCAAACCCAGGAUGGUGGUGGCCACUUACACUUGUGACCAGUGUGGGGCAGAGACCUACCAGCCGAUCCAGUCUCCUACUUUCAUGCCUCUGAUCAUGUGCCCAAGCCAGGAGUGCCAAACCAACCGCUCAGGAGGGCGGCUGUAUCUGCAGACACGUGGCUCCAAAUUUAUCAAAUUCCAGGAGAUGAAGAUGCAAGAACAUAGUGACCAAGUGCCUGUGGGAAACAUCCCUCGCAGCAUCACAGUGCUGGUAGAAGGAGAGAACACGAGGAUCGCCCAGCCUGGAGACCAUGUCAGUGUCACUGGUAUCUUCUUGCCAGUCCUGCGCACCGGGUUCCGACAGGUGGUACAGGGUUUACUCUCAGAAACUUACCUGGAAGCCCAUCGGAUUGUGAAGAUGAAUAAGAGUGAUGACGAUGAGUUUGCGGCUGGAGAGCUGAGCAAGGAGGAGCUGAGGCAGAUUGCAGAGGAGGAUUUCUAUGAAAAGCUGGCAGCUUCUAUCGCCCCAGAGAUAUAUGGGCAUGAAGAUGUGAAGAAGGCACUGUUACUCCUGCUGGUGGGAGGUGUGGACCAGUCUCCUCGAGGCAUGAAAAUCAGGGGCAACAUCAACAUCUGCCUGAUGGGGGACCCUGGUGUGGCCAAGUCUCAGCUCCUGUCUUAUAUCGAUCGCCUGGCCCCUCGCAGCCAAUACACAACAGGACGUGGCUCCUCAGGAGUGGGGCUUACAGCAGCCGUGCUGAGAGACUCCGUGAGUGGAGAACUGACCUUAGAGGGCGGGGCCCUUGUGCUGGCUGACCAGGGCGUGUGCUGCAUCGAUGAGUUUGACAAGAUGGCUGAGGCUGACCGCACAGCCAUCCACGAGGUCAUGGAGCAGCAGACCAUCUCCAUCGCCAAGGCGGGCAUUCUCACCACACUCAACGCUCGCUGCUCCAUCCUGGCUGCUGCCAACCCUGCCUAUGGGCGCUAUAACCCCCGCCGCAGCCUGGAGCAGAACAUACAGCUUCCUGCUGCACUGCUUUCCCGAUUUGACCUCCUCUGGCUGAUCCAGGACCGGCCUGACCGAGACAAUGACCUACGGUUGGCCCAGCACAUCACCUAUGUGCACCAGCACAGUCGCCAGCCGCCUGCCCAGUUUGAACCUUUGGACAUGAAGCUCAUGAGACGUUACAUAGCCAUGUGCCGAGAGAAGCAGCCCACAGUGCCAGAGUCUCUGGCUGACUAUAUCACAGCAGCCUAUGUGGAGAUGAGGCGAGAAGCUUGGGCCAGUAAGGAUGCCACCUAUACUUCUGCCCGGACCCUGCUGGCCAUUCUGCGACUUUCAACUGCUCUGGCACGUCUGCGAAUGGUGGACACUGUGGAGAAGGAAGAUGUGAAUGAAGCAAUAAGGCUAAUGGAGAUGUCAAAGGACUCACUUUUAGGCGACAAGGGGCAAACAGCUAGGACCCAGAGACCAGCAGAUGUGAUAUUUGCCACUGUCCGUGAAUUGGUCUCAGAGGGCCGAAGCGUCCGAUUUUCUGAGGCAGAGCAACGCUGCAUAUCUCGUGGCUUCACACCUGCCCAGUUCCAGGCCGCUCUUGAUGAGUACGAGGAGUUAAAUGUCUGGCAGGUCAAUACUUCCAAGACACGGAUCACUUUUGUUUGAUCCAACCUGCUUGAGACACCGGGUCCACCCCUGCGUUGUGCUGAUCUGCCCCUUUUAAGGGUUUAAUGAUGCCUCUUGAGGGAAGGUGGAUCCUCUCUUUUGCUAAUAAAGUGUUUGUAUGUUGCCACAGUA